UCGGCUUCUAGCUCGGGGAGGGCGGCCAAGGCGGCGGCGGUCGCCGCGCCGGUUGAGGGGGCGCUGAGGCGGGAGCAGUGGUGGCGCUGGGCGCCCCUCGCUCCUGGGCCUCUGGGGGCCAUGGGCUCCGAGAAGGACUCCGAGUCGCCGCGCUCUACAUCUCUACACGCGGCCGCGCCCGACCCCAAGUGCCGCAGCGGCGGCCGGCGCCGGCGCCUCACCUUCCACAGUGUCUUCUCCGCCUCGGCCCGCGGCCGCCGCGCCCGGGCCAAGCCGCAGGCCGAGCCGCCGCCCCCGGCCGCGCCGCCGCCGCCCGCCCCGGUCCCGGCCGCGGCCCAGGCCCCGCCGCCCGAGGCGCUGCCCGCCGAGCCGGCCGCCGAGGCGGAGGCGGAGGCCGCGGCGGCGGCCGGGCCCGGGUUCGACGAUGAGGAGGCGGCGGAGGGCGGCGGCCCCGGCCCGGAGGAGGUGGAGUGCCCGCUCUGCCUGGUGCGGCUGCCGCCCGAGCGGGCCCCUCGUCUCCUCAGCUGCCCGCACCGCUCGUGCCGGGACUGCCUCCGCCACUACCUGCGCCUGGAGAUCAGCGAGAGCCGGGUGCCCAUCAGCUGCCCCGAGUGCAGCGAGCGACUCAACCCGCACGACAUCCGCCUGCUGCUCGCCGACCCGCCGCUCAUGCACAAGUACGAGGAGUUCAUGCUGCGCCGCUACCUGGCCUCGGACCCCGACUGCCGCUGGUGCCCGGCCCCGGACUGCGGUUAUGCUGUUAUUGCCUAUGGCUGUGCCAGCUGCCCAAAGCUGACCUGUGAGAGGGAAGGCUGCCAAACGGAGUUCUGCUACCACUGCAAGCAAAUAUGGCAUCCAAAUCAGACAUGCGAUAUGGCCCGUCAGCAGAGGGCACAGACUUUGCGAGUACGGACCAAGCACACUUCAGGUCUCAGUUAUGGGCAAGAAUCUGGACCAGCAGAUGACAUCAAGCCAUGCCCACGAUGCAGUGCUUACAUUAUCAAGAUGAAUGAUGGGAGCUGUAAUCAUAUGACCUGUGCAGUGUGUGGCUGUGAAUUCUGUUGGCUUUGUAUGAAAGAGAUCUCAGACUUGCAUUACCUCAGCCCCUCUGGCUGCACAUUCUGGGGCAAGAAGCCGUGGAGCCGUAAGAAGAAAAUUCUUUGGCAGCUGGGCACACUGAUUGGUGCUCCAGUGGGGAUAUCCCUCAUUGCUGGCAUUGCCAUUCCUGCCAUGGUCAUCGGCAUUCCUGUUUAUGUUGGCAGGAAGAUUCACAGCAGAUAUGAGGGAAGGAAAACCUCCAAACACAAGAGGAAUUUGGCUAUCACAGGAGGAGUGACUUUGUCAGUCAUUGCAUCCCCAGUCAUUGCUGCAGUUAGUGUGGGUAUUGGUGUCCCCAUUAUGCUGGCUUAUGUCUAUGGGGUUGUGCCCAUUUCUCUCUGUCGUGGAGGUGGCUGUGGAGUUAGCACAGCCAAUGGAAAGGGGGUGAAAAUUGAGUUUGAUGAAGAUGAUGGUCCAAUCACAGUGGCAGAUGCCUGGAGAGCCCUUAAGAACCCCAGCAUUGGGGAGAGCAGCAUUGAAGGUCUGACUAGUGUAUUGAGCACCAGCGGAAGCCCUACAGAUGGACUUAGUGUUAUGCAGGGUCCAUACAGCGAAACAGCCAGCUUUGCAGCCCUCUCAGGGGGCACGCUGAGUGGUGGCAUUCUUUCCAGUGGCAAGGGAAAAUAUAGCAGGUUAGAAGUUCAAGCCGAUGUCCAAAAGGAAAUUUUCCCUAAAGACACAGCCAGUCUUGGUGCAAUUAGUGACAACGCAAGCACUCGUGCUAUGGCCGGUUCCAUAAUCAGUUCCUACAACCCACAGGACAGAGAAUGCAACAAUAUGGAGAUCCAAGUGGACAUUGAAGCCAAACCAAGCCACUACCAGUUGGUGAGUGGAAGCAGCACAGAGGACUCACUCCACGUUCACGCCCAGAUGGCAGAGAACGAAGAAGAAGGUGGUGGCGGUGGCGGCAGUGUCGGCAACGAAGAGGACCCCCCCUGCAAACACCAAAGCUGUGAACAGAAAGACUGCCUGCCCGGCAAACCUUGGGACAUCAGCCUGGCCCAGCCUGAGAGCAUCCGCAGUGACCUGGAGAGCUCGGACACGCAGUCGGACGAUGUGCCGGACAUCACCUCAGAUGAGUGUGGCUCCCCUCGCUCCCAGACGGCAGCCUGCCCCUCCACUCCCAGAGCCCAAGGUGCACCGAGCCCAAGUGCCCAUAUGAACCUCUCUGCCCCAGCCGAGGGGAAGACUGUCUUGAAGCCAGAAGGUGCAGAAGGCAGAGUAUGAAGUGGAAUGAAUGCUCCUGUUCUGAGAAGCACACUUGUAACUGCAUCUUUUGGAAUUUUUUUUUGUGGGGGGGGGGGGGGUGGGCGGGAAUUUAUGUAUUUUAUUUCAAAUAUUCUCUGGUCACAGGUUUUCCCCAGGGAAAUUCUGAGAAAUUUGCUAUUUCUUACCAGGUAAAACAUGGAAAUUUUUGCCCUUCGUCCCACCCCCCAACCCCUUCCCUCCUUGUUUUAGUUUUAAUUUAUUGGUUAAACUGAAAGUGGCAAUCCGUGAGGUGUGUCAAAGAGUGUACAGAUGUAUGUGUGUAUAUUGUACGUAUGCUAACAUAUUACUGAAAGAAACACAUUUUAAUAAAGAUUUCUGUCGUAAUUCAA